AUGGCAGCCCUCCAACUCUUGAGUCACCCUUAUGAGCUUGCGCUGGGUAUCUUUGUCCUAUAUUGUACAGGAUACGUGAUUUAUCAAAGAUACCUUCACCCUCUCGCCAAGUACCCCGGCCCUCUUCUCGCCUCGCUCACCGACCUAUGGCAGGCGCACCAGUUUAUAACUCUGAAGCAGCCAUACACGCUCACCAAGUUACACGAGAAAUAUGGCUCUGUUGUGCGCUAUGGCCCAGACAAGUUAAGCAUCACCAACGAAGAAGCCAUCAAAUCGAUCUACCAGAGCGGGGCUCGUUACAUGCCCAAAACAGAGUUCUACGAUGCAUACGGGGCGGCACAUCCGAAUGUAUUUGGAAUGCGCGAUGAAAAUAUGCAUUCCAUCCGGCGGCGUCACAUGUCUCACAGUUUCUCGAUGAGCUACGUUAAAGAAAUGGAACAGCACCUUGAUGAGAACGUCAAAAUCCUUCGAGCGAAGAUAGCUUCGCAUGCUGCGAGCCAAGAAACCUUCGAUUUAAAGAAGGCUUUGCAAUACUAUGUCAUCGAUACCCUAGGUGAACUAGCCUUCAGCCAAACAUUCAGCGUGCAGGAGUCUGAAGACGAAACCCGCGUUCCGCCAGUUGUCGAGCACAGCUUGUUGGCAGCAGUGACAGGUGCUUGGCCGAUGAUGACUACCCGACUGAAGAUAUGGCUCCCACUUAUCCCACACAAGGGCCUGCAAGCGCUUUUCAAGGGCCGAAAAGCUUGUGCGAAUCUUGCUUCUCGAUGUGUCGAUGCUCGGUUGAACUCUGUGAGACCAAAAAAUGGGGCAAGCAGUAGCUCUUCGGAGAGGAAAGAUAUUCUUACUAAUUUGAUUCUGGCGAAACACCCUGACACGGGGGAGAGUUUGUCUCAGACUGAUCUCGAAACCGAGGCAUUUGGAUUUAUCAUUGCGGGUACUCAUACCACCAGCGCAACAACGGCAUUACUUUUCUAUCAUUUACUUCAUCACCCAAGCCUCAUGGCACGAUGCGUGGCAGAAAUCGAUGAGAAGCUCCCAACUCUUCAGCCGCACGAAAGCGCCUAUUCUGUUACAAUGGCGGAGACAUCCCUUCCGUACUUGCGAAACUGCAUCAAGGAAAACUUCCGAAUCACCCCCGUGUUUACGAUGCCUUUGGCGCGAAAAGUCCUCAUGCCUGAAGGCAUAAAUAUUGCUGGAAAUCACUUUCCCUAUGCGACUUCCAUUGCCGUCUGCAACCAUGCCUUCCACCACAAUCCAGAAGUCUGGGGAUCUGGUCAUAACAUAUUUGAUCCAUCCCGAUGGGAGGAUCCUGAAAUUGCAGAAAAGUCUAAGUUGUUGAUGCACUUUGGCCUUGGGGGUCGACAGUGUAUCGGCAAGACUGUGGCCAUGACCAACAUUUACAAGUUGAUGAGCACGCUGUUGAGUGAAUUUGAAUUCGAGCUCGCGGAUGAGAAUGAAAGAACUCUUGCACAGAAGAACGGGUUUCUUGGAGAGAUUCCAGAAAUGAUUAGCGUGGGAAUCAGUGAUUUGGCAGAGCCUUUGCUCGUGAAGGCUCAGAAGCGGGAUCGGGUUGCUGCUAACUAG